UCCAAAACAGAAGUAUAAGAAAGCUCCAUUCAGUAUAUCUCCCACUUGGAUUCUCUUGUUCUCUCAUGACAUGUAGUUCCAGUCUCUUUCCCUCUUUCGAAUUUUUUUGUAUGGCGACAAUCCAUUUCAAUUCAAUCCGAAAGCGAUCCUCAAACCUCAAUUAUUCACUCCCCAUUAUAAACCCCAUUUCCAUUUCCACCAUUUUCAUUCAUUACCACCACCACCACCAUGGCCAUCACAACCACCACAGACACCACCCCCAAAUUCCACCAAACCCAAGAAUUCUACCCAGAACUAUCAGUGUCGCCACCAUCUCACGACGGCCUUGAAUUUUGGCAAUUCAUGAUCGCCGGCUCAAUUGCUGGCUCUGUCGAACACAUGGCCAUGUUCCCAAUCGAUACCCUCAAGACCCGUAUGCAAGUAAUUGGGUCAUCGUGCCAAACCCCGGCGAUUACUCUCCGGCAAUCCCUUGGCUCAAUUCUGAAGCUGGAGGGUCCUGCCGGGCUCUACCGCGGCAUUGCCGCCAUGGGUCUUGGUGCUGGACCAGCCCAUGCUGUGUAUUUCUCGGUAUACGAAUCUUGUAAGAAGGUUUUAUGUGCCGGAAAUCCGAACAAUUCGGCUGCUCAUGCCGUUUCUGGCGUGUUCGCUACGGUCGCGAGUGACGCAGUGUUUACACCAAUGGAUAUGGUGAAGCAAAGAUUGCAAUUGAAGAGUAGUCCUUACAAGGGAGUUGGGGAAUGUGUGAAAAGGGUAAUCGUAGAAGAGGGAGUUGGAGCUUUUUAUGCGUCGUAUAGGACUACAGUGGUUAUGAAUGCGCCAUUUACAGCUGUUCAUUUUGCAACAUAUGAGGCUGCAAAGAGAGGGUUGAUGGAGGUAUCGCCUGAGAGUGCACGUAAUGAUGAGACUUUGGUGGUUCACGCCACGGCCGGUGCUGCUGCUGGGGCUUUUGCUGCGGCUGUUACUACUCCACUAGAUGUUGUCAAGACUCAGUUGCAGUGCCAGGGUGUCUGUGGAUGUGAACGGUAUUCCAGUGGUUCAAUUGGCAAUGUUAUUCAAACCAUAGUGAAAAAGGAUGGAUAUGGUGGGCUUAUAAGGGGCUGGAUCCCCCGGAUGCUCUUCCAUGCCCCUGCUGCUGCAAUCUGCUGGUCUACCUAUGAAGCAGCAAAAAGUUUUUUUCAAGAUCGGUAGAAAUAGACCAGUUGAUUGAGGUUAAAGAAGUCUUUGUUGGUUGGAUGCCAAGCUCAAUCCAGUUGAACAAUUGGAAGAAACUCAUUCACCAUUGUUGUAGUCAUUGAAUAACACUUGAGCAUUUUCUCAGAACUGGCCAUUUAUUAUUCCAAUGGGUGCUGGUUUUGGUUCUGCAGGAAUGGAAUCAACAUUUGUGCAUCUUCAAAAUUGUUAUGACAAUACUGGAAAAAACUGAUGACUCCUCAUUAGAGGUGGUUGAUUUGGAAAUGAAACCUUCAACUGUGGUAAACACUAUACUUGAUUUCAAUUAGAAUACGACUUUGAUUGAGUUCUAAGCUGCUUUGUGAUGAAUUGUAUACCGAUGUGGUACUUAUUAACUUUUCAUUGAUACCCAAUAUCGCUAAAAUAA